AUGGUGGAGAAUUUCACCUCAAUACUCGAUGAUGUGUGCGACCCUCUGACACUCACAAAUUUCAUAAAGCAGACAUCACUACCAAGGUCAGAAGCCACAAGCAUCCUUGAAGAUUAUGUGAAAUCAAAAGGGGAUCCGCUAUGGGCACUUUAUGAAAUCAGUGGAGCUGUUGAUUCGUCUGAAUUUACCUUCCUUCCUGCUGAAGCUCAAAUCAUAAAACACGUUGUUGUUCCUGAAUCGGAUUUGACUGACACAAAAUCAAAGUUUUCUGAGGUUUUUUCGACAUGCUUGCACAGUAUUCAACGUACUAAUCCAAAAGAUACGCGUGUAUAUGGACGUUCAUGGGCUGAUAAUGAUGACUUGAAAGGUAAAAAAUUGCCAGAACAAUUGAAGCCACAAAAGAAAUCGGAUUCGUCAAAUGUUAAAGUUGAGAAAGAAAAAAGUACUGAGCAAAAACCAACAAUCGAACCAAGUACAUCCUCGAAGUCAGCUAUUGAGACGAAGAAAAGUUCCAUUGCUCCACCGAAAAAACAAGGAACUCUGAGUAUGUUUUCCAAAAAAACUGAAAAGAAAACUGAAAAGACUGAGAAAUCUCAAUCCCCUGUUCCUCAAGAUCAAGAAAAGAAAAAUCGUAAACGUCCCAUGAUAGAAGUCGAUGAGUCUGAAGAACUUAUUAAGGCCACUAAACCAAAAGAAAAGACACCAGAGAAAAAACCGGAAAAAUUGAUUAUUUCUCAAGACAGUGAUGAAUUUCCAUCAUCAAGAGAGCAAAGUGUGGAGAAGGAAAAGUCACCACCAGCAAAGCGAAAAAGGGUUAAUGAUGAGAACAAGAAAGCGAAGAAGAGACUUAUUGUACCGGAUUCUGACGAUGAAGAGCAAGUUCCAAUGGAGGUCGAAGAAAAGAAAACGGAAACAAAAACAAACUCAUCUUUGCCAGAAGAUAGACGGAGAACCACACGAAUCGAAAAGGUUGUCGAGACAUAUGUUGAUGAAGAUGGUUAUUUGGUAUCCAAGGCAGUUCAAAAGGCUGUAGAAUGUUCUCCACAAAAAGCAUCACCCGAAAAGCCCAAACCGAAAGUGAUAACUGCUCCAGCACCUGGUACAAAAAAGGCACCCAAAAAGAACUCGAUGAUCACCUCGUUUUUCAAGAAAACUUAGAAAUAUUCAUACAAUUCUUCAUUUCUCUAAUUAAUACUCAUUUUCAUUAUUUUCAUUUCCCCAACGGCUAUUACCAUUUCCACCUCAUCGAUCUUUUUUCUUCCAACCUCAUCCCCUUGUGAAUGUUUUAUUGUAAACGAGGUCAAUGUAAAGAGUUUUCGACUUCCAAUAAGCUCUCACAACGGUCAUAAAUUUUGAAGAGGUGC